AUGAGGCUGGGAGCGGCUUUGAGACAGAGGCUCCGGGGUGUCGCAGUUGCGCGGCUCUUGCUGUCACCCCGCGGCCGUAGGGAGUGUGUGAUGCGGAAUGUAACCAGAGCGGAACUUGCGCCACAGCCGGACAGCUGGCACAACAGGAUUGCCAUCCGGGAGCCGUAUCUGAUCUUGCAUCACUGGCUGUCGAUCGCCAUGGACACGGAGCCGCAGAGCAAGGCGCGUGUGGCCUGUUUGGCCACGGUGGAUGAGGCGGGGCAGCCGGUCACGCGAAUGACCAGCGUCGAGCAGAUUAACGCCUCUGGGCUGACGUUCUACACGGCGCUGGGCAGUCGCCUGGCGGGCGAGAUCCAUGCCAAUCCGCAUGUCUCCUUGCAGAUGUAUUGGCCCCACCUGGAGCGCAGUGUGCACAUUGCCGGGACUGUGAGUCCGGUGUCCGCCUUUCAGGCGCAGCUGCAGUUCGCCCGCUAUCCGCGGGAGGUGCAGCUCAGCAUGCACGGCAUACAAACUAGGAAACGCAGUCUGCUCGGCAAGAUCAAGAAGUGUCUCUCGCUGAUCCUCAGCGAGCAGCGGCUGCCUAAAGUGCCUGUGCCCUCCAACUGGGGCGGCUUUCUCUUAAGUCCCACUCUGUAUGAGUUCUAUCGCACCUGCACCAAGACGCCGGGCAGGCAGUGUAUGCGCUUUCGGCGCUGUCUCACGCUGCCGCGCGGCAUGCGAAAUGAAACCCUAAAAGCGGAUCGUUAUGACUGGGUGUUCGAUAGCAGCGUUCAGGAUUCCUGAGAAAUUCGAUAAAAAAUUUUAUGUGCAGAAAUUAAAAACGUAGUACAUAUUUAA